AUGGGUGUGGUUGAGGAAGCCAUGACUUCGCUCAUUGUCGCCUUCCACGAGUAUGCUGGCAAGGAGGGCGACAAAGACUCUAUGAACAAAAGAGAGGUGAAGGAGAUGCUCACCAAGGAAUUUGGGUUGAAGCUGGAAAAAGCAAAGGACCAGACGGCCAUUGACCGCAUCUUCAAGGAUCUGGAUGUCAACAGUGACAACAAAGUGGACUUCCAGGAGUUUAUGAUCCUGGUGACUGGCCUCACUGUGUUGUUGCAUGAGUGCCAGGAAGAGCACUAA